AUGGGAGAUAUGAAGACUCCGGACUUCGAUGACCUUCUUGCAGCAUUUGACAUUCCUGACAUGGUUGAUCCCAAAGCAGCUAUAGAGUCUGGGCAUGACGAUCACGAAGUUCACAUCAAGCAAACUGCUCAAGGAGAUGAUGAUAGUCAUGCUCCGUUAUCUACAGAUGUUGGUGUAAGCGUUAUUGUAAAAAAUGUAAGAACCGUUGAUUCUUCGGAGAUGCCUGAAAAAGACAAUCAUCACUCCACAGGUAAUGGCUUACCCAAUGGGUUUCUCACCGUGUCACAUCUUGACCAUUUUAAUAAAGAAGAAUUGAAAUCCCUUAAAGAUAAUGCUGUUGUAUCGAAUGCCAUACUCAAAGAAUCUGCUUUUAAUCAGUUCAGUCCUAUUUCCAGUGCUGAAGAAUUUGACGAAGAUGAAAAAAUUGAAGUGGACGAUCCCCUCGAUCGAGAAGAGUUACGUUCGAAUUUCAGUGCCAACAUUUUGACAGGAUCAGUUUCUCAGCACACCUAUGAAAGGGACAAGAUGCAUGUAGGAGAACAUUUAAUUAAAUCAGGGACUGCUGUUUCAAGCAUUAUGGACAAAAACAAAGAAAGUAAGAGAGAUUUAGAAGAGAGCUCCACUCAUUUAAAUUUAUAUGAAACAUUUAAACUAAGGAAACUACAUGAAAAACUAAAACAAAGCACCCAGAGGCAUCUAGAAAAUAAACUAAUUGACGGGAAACUAGAUGUUGAGAAAAGUGAAACCAAUGGAGGAGGUAUGUCUUCACUAAAGUCAAAGUCUUCUGAAAAGCUUUCCUCUUGCAUCGCUGCAAUUGCAGCCCUAAGUGCAAACAACGUGUCAUGUGACUCGAAGGAGUUACAACUUAACAGUGAUGAAAGAUCUCCAGUAUCAAAAGAAAUCGGUGAUAGCCUGUUACCAAAUGACAAAUCUCCAGAUUCUCAACUGACCAUGCAAAAUCUCAUUGAUGGCACCAAAAAAGUAUCAGCGAAGCAACCUGAUAGCCCUAGAAGUGUCUCAAGUGAAAAUAGUAGUAAAGGAUCACCAUCCUCUGGUGGUUCAACUCCUGCUAUUCCAAAAGUAAGAAUUAAGACCAUCAAGACUUCAUCUGGAGAAAUUAAAAGGACCGUUACAAGAGUGUUACCUGACUUUGAAACUGAAGGCAUAAAAAGUCCUUCUGAUCACACAACCUCAAUGGUUGUUUCGUCACUUUUAUCUUCUCCUACGUCUGUUGCUCUUCUUUCCUCUCCAAACAGAGCAUCCGUGCAGCCAGCGGUGACCAGUACUCCAUCAUCAUCAGACAUGCCUCCAAAGCAAGUUACAAUUAAACCUGUGGCCACUGCAUUUUUGCCUGUAUCUGCAGUUAAAACUGCAGGCUCACAAGUCAUAAAUUUGAAGUUUGCUAACAACACUACUGUAAAGGCGACUGUGAUAUCUGCUGCUUCUGUUCAAAGUGCCAGCAGUGCCAUAAUCAAGGCAGCUAAUGCUAUUCAGCAGCAGACUGUAGUGGUUCCAGCUUCAAGUCUUGCCAAUGCUAAACUUGUGCCAAAAACCGUGCAUAUUGCCAAUCUUAAUCUCUUGCCUCAAGGUUCUCAGGCUACAUCUGAGCUUCGACAAGUAUUAACAAAAUCGCAGCAACCGAUUAAACAGACACUUGUAUCAACUACUGGAGCACAACCAGUUAAAAAGGUUUCCAGAGUCCAAUUGGUGUCUUCUUCUCAAAGUUCUGUAGUGGAGGCCUUUAACAAAGUACUGAGCAGUAUAAAUCCAGUUCCAGUAUAUGUACCUAAUCUCACACCUCCAGCCAAUGCAGGGAUAACCUUGCCAGCUCGUGGGUACAAAUGUCUGGAGUGUGGCGAUGCAUUUGCCCUCGAAAAAAGUCUUUUGCAACAUUAUGACCGCAGGAGUGUACGGAUAGAAGUAACGUGUAAUCAUUGCACAAAGAAUUUAGUUUUUUACAAUAAAUGCAGCCUUCUUUCUCAUGCACGUGGACAUAAAGAAAAAGGGGUUGUCAUGCAGUGCUCACACUUAAUCCUAAAACCAGUUCCUACAAGCCAAAUGAUUUCUUCACCCCAAACAAAUGUGUCCACCUCAAGCUCUGUCACUACUCGACCAAAUACAGUGGCACUUUUUACCCACAGUUUGGCAAAAGUACAAUCCGGUGUAACUGGGCCUGUGAUAUCGGCUCCUGUAAGUUCACCAGUUACUCCUGCAAUGCCUUUAGAUGAGGAUCCAGCUAAGCAAUGCCGACACAGUCUUAAAUGUCUGGAAUGCAAUGAAGUGUUCCAGAGUGAAACCUUGUUAGCUACACACUACCAACAGGCUACGGAUACCAGUGGACAAAAGACAUGCAGUAUUUGUAUGAUGCUGCUACCAAACCCAUGCAGCUACUCAUGCCAUCAGCGGAUACAUCAUCACAAAUCGCCAUACACAUGUCCUGAGUGCGGAGCUAUCUGCCGGUCUGUGCAUUUUCAGACUCAUGUCACCAAAAGUUGUCUACAUUACACCCGCAGGAUAGGUUUUCGGUGUAUACAUUGCAAUGUGGUUUAUUCAGAAACGGCAGCGUUGAAAUGCCAUAUUCAAGGAUCCCACUGUGAAGUCUUUUACAAAUGUCCGAUCUGUCCAAUGGCGUUUAAAUCCGCACCGAGCACACACUCCCAUGCUUACACCCAUCAUCCUGGUGUGAAGAUUGGAGAACCCAAGACUAUAUACAAAUGUUCCAUGUGUGACACAGUGUUUACACUCCCGCCGUUGCUUCAUCGACAUUUUGAUGUGCAUCUCGAGAACCAGAAAGUGUCCGUAUUCAAGUGUCCAGACUGCUCGCUGCUGUUUGCACAGAAGCAGCUAAUGAUGGAUCACAUCAAGUCUAUGCAUGGAACAUUAAAGAGUAUUGAAGGACCUCCAAAGUUUGGACUAAAUCUACCUUUGAGCACGAAACCCACUACUCAGAAUUCUUCUAGUCCUGUAAAUGAGGAACUGAAACCUGUUAAUGGUGCAGAAAAGCCAGAGAAAAAAAAUGCCAACCCUGAGAAAAAGACUGGUUCAUACCGCAAGAAAGCUGCCAACCCUGGGUGGACAUGCUGGGAUUGUGAUCAACUCUUUAAUCAGAGAGAGUUGUAUAUAUCACACAUGAAAAAAGAACAUGGAAAGCAAAUGAAGAAGCACCCGUGCCGCCAGUGUGACAAGUCGUUCAGUUCUUCUCACAGUCUGUGUCGGCACAAUCGUAUCAAACACAAGGGAAUCCGUAAAGUUUAUGCCUGCACGCAUUGCACAGACACAAAACGGGCGUUUACCAAGCGGGCGAUGUUGGAGAAACACAUCCAGCUCAUGCAUGGUAUCAAGGAUCCUGAUGCAAAAGAAGUCACAGCCACAAAUAAAGCCCCUGCAAACAAGGUGGAUUCUAAGGUGCCGCCCCCAAAGCGUAAAUUGGAAGAACCAGUUUUGGAAUUCAGGCCCCCUAGAGGAGCCAUUACUCAGCCACUGAAGAAGUUAAAAAUUAAUGUCUUCAAGGUCCACAAGUGUGCAGUGUGUGGUUUUACAACGGAAAAUCUCCUUCAGUUUCACGAACAUAUCCCCCAGCAUAAAUCUGAUGGCUCCUCGUACCAGUGCCAGGAGUGUGGUCUCUGCUAUACCUCCCACGUGUCCCUUUCCAGACAUCUUUUUAUUGUUCACAAACUUAAAGAGCCUCAACCAUCACCCAAGCAGAAUGGUUCUGGAGGAGACCAUCAAGAAGAGAACAAGUCUAGCACGUGUAAUGAAGUAGCAGACAACAUCACCUGCGGCAGAACAUGCAAAGUCUGUUCAAGGACAUUUGAAACUGAAGCUGCCUUAAACACACACAUGAGAACUCAUGGAAUGGCUUUCAUCAAAUCGAAAAGGAUGAACUCCACUGAAAAAUGAGAAGUUGAUGAUAUCCACACCAUCAAAAAAAUAACAUGUUAGAUUAUAUCUCCCACAGGCCUCAGCUAGUUGUAUUUCAUUGGCCUACAAAGACUGAGCACCACCAAGUGAGAGGCCGUGUACAUUGAAAGAUGUUACCCACGCUGACCCACUAGACUGGGUUUUGAAAGACAACCGAGUAUGUUUUUAGCUGUUUUGUAUUGUUUUAUCUGUGAAGAAAAAAGAUAUCUAAGAUUUAAAGAACUUUAUGAGUUGUGGCAAUAUAUGGUUUCAUUGUAUCUUACACCUCGUUAUUAGGAUACAUUCUUGUUAAUUAUAAAAAAGCAGUAUUUGACAUAAAACACAAAACAAAUGUAUAUAUUUAAUAAUUUUAUACUCUUUGUUACUUGCUUGUGCUGACGUACACUUCAAUAUGACAUGUUUUUAGUAUAUUUUUUUUUAUUUUUUUAUUACAUGUGAAUAUUAACUCCAUGAGAAUGUGCGCCAAUAUGUUUUCCAUCAUGGAAGAGUUUUAUGGUGGUACAAAUAUAUGCUUAUUGUUAUUAUUUUAUUUCAUUCCUGUGCUGAAAAAAGCUACAGGGUAGGAAUUAAAUGUGUUUUUAUUUAUCUGUAUGAAGAAUAGGCACACACACAAGUUAUUUUAGUUUGAAAUAGUGAUAUUAAUUUCAGCAUUUAAACCACAAAGUGCUGUUUUCUUCUCCUACAAGGAUCCCCAUUUUCUAAACUUUUUUCUAUACUUUAGUUUAUAUUAAUUGUGAACCAGUCCAUGAAUAAUUUAUAAACCACUGUGUUAGCAUUCACACUUAUGGAAGCUGCUAACACAACUCAACAUUUGUAGCUUAAUAAUUCAUUACUAGAUAAUCCACUAUCCUUUACAAUAUGACUAUGGCAUUUCAUUUAUGUUAUCAUAUGGGUAUAUUGGUAAAAUUACCUUUGCUAUGAAUUAACAUAAUUAGUCAGAGAUUAAUAUAGACCGACUCCCUUGGAAAAAUAUAUGUGAUUCAUUUUGUUCUUUUUUUUUGUCAUUUGAGAGGACAGACGUGUGCAUGUCAGAUUCACAUCUAAAAUGUAUUUUCUUAAAUUCUUUAAAUAUGUAUCAGACUCAUGCAUAGAAAAUAGUACAUUGUCAAGAUCAUGUGCAGUCACCUUUAUGGUACAGCCUGCAAUCCAAAAUUCAUGCUUUUAUUGUAGUAUUAGAUUACUCUAAACAUGUAUAGCUUGGAGGAAAGACGAGGCAGGGGGGAUAUGAUAGACUAUAUUUAAAAGAAGAAAAACUACCACAACAAGAGGACAUAGUCUUAAAUUAGAGGGACAAAGAUUUAAAAAUAAUAUCAGGAAGUAUUACUUUACUGAGAGGGUAGUGGAUGCAUGGAAUAGCCUUCCAGCUGAAGUGGUAGAGGUUAACACA